UUGCGUUGGCAGCUAUAUUGGAUUUUCUAUGCGGUGACGUUUCUGGAACCGGGAAGCAUUAUACCUCUACCAAUAUGGCUUAGCCGCACAUAAACUGUAACGGGCAAGUUUCACUGUUUUUACUAUCUCCGCAAGUUGUCAGGAGUGUUACAUGUAACUCAAUGUUGUAAACGGUGAUUAUAAUCGCCGGUCAAUAGGCCAAAUGGUUAAAGAGGAAGCGCCGUGUUAUUGCAAAAUAUGCUUGGUGGGUGGGUCUUAAAUGCCAGCGCCAAUGAAACGAAUAGAAUGAGCUGUAUAGAACACGGGGACGUUUCAGUUUCAUGUAAUAUAAUGUCCAUUUAUCACCGUUGUGCACAAGUGUGGUGGAACUAGAAUUACAGGGAACUAACUGUCGUAGUUCGUUCUAUUUGAGUGGCGUAAUCAUAUAUUUCUGUAGACAACCACACGCGAGGUUGUUCCUCAACGCAUCGUUCAGAAUGGCUGGGCUGGUGAGUAGCAGAGGGUGUCACAAAAUCAGGGGUUCCCAAAUAAGAGAGCUCCUCGACUCCAAGCUCAACGUCCUUUUUGAUUGUGACGGAGUCAUCUGGAAUGGCGAAACGGUCGUGGCAGGCGCGCCAGAAGUGGUGACGCUACUGAAACAGCAAGGCAAAAAGGUAUUUUUCAUCACCAACAACUGUACUAGGCCCAGAGCGAGCUACGUAACGAAGUUUAUCCGGUUGGGCUUCACUGAUGUCGCAGAGGAGGAGAUCUUCAGCUCGGCGUACUGCUCUGCGGCUUAUCUGCGAGACGUGGCGAAGUUGCAGGGUAAGGUGUAUGUCAUAGGGUGCCAGGGCGUUGUGAAGGAGCUACGGGAGGCUGGGAUUCCCAUAGUGGAGGAGGACGCUGACGCACCUACUGGGACCAUUUACGACUACCCGUUGGACCCAGACGUAAAGGCAGUGCUGGUGGGAUAUGACGAGAAAUUUGAUUUCAUUAAACUGGCCAAAGCCUGCUGCUACUUACAGAAUACUGAGUGCCUGUUUCUGGCCACUGACCCUGACCCCUGGCACCCACUGCGAGGAGGCAGAAUAACACCAGGUUCAGGAAGCCUCACGGCCGCUGUGGAGACAGCCAGCAGCAGGAAAGCCACGGUGAUCGGGAAGCCCAGCUGCUUCAUGUUCGAGUGCAUCGCCAGCCAGUUCAACCUGGACCCCAGCCAGUCCCUCAUGGUGGGUGACCGCCUGGAGACUGACAUCCUGUUUGGGGCUAACUGUGGCCUGGACACCAUGCUCACCCUGACCGGAGUGUCCACUCUAGAGGAGGCGCGCGGCUACAAGGACAGUGACGACCCCGAGCGGAAGGACUUCGUGCCAGAUUACGUGGUGGAGACCAUUGCCGACUUCAUUGAAGCGUAUGAAGAGGAGGAAGGCUGAGGAGGACUAUAGAAAGAGCAGACCCCUGAAGCUGUGCCUGAGAGACCUGGCUCAUGUUCAUUAGAGUACGCAACGGAAAGCGGUUUAAACCGCUUUGCAACGGAAAGUGAAAAUUCCCUCCCUGUUUCAAUCCAUUUGGUGCCUAAUGAACACGACCCUGGAUAUAUCAGAAAAGGGAUUAGUUUGGUGGUGUUAUACGCAGUCAUUUGUAAAGCCUUUAAGAAGUCAGUGUGAUGUGUUAUAGUGCUUGCGACAGGCAUGCUGUGCUUUUUAUGCCGAUAAUCUUUGUCAUGAGGCAUGUAAAGAUGUGGCAUAACAUUUUGGAAAUGUUUUUGCAAUUUACAUGCUUAUGGCAAGUGAUAAUGACAUUGACCAGGAUUCAAUCAGAGAUGCGUUGUAGACAAGCCCAUUUCACUACAGACAACGAAGAUCGCUUUCACGGUAAAACGCUGAAGAUGUCGACUCAUGAGGAAAUUAUCUUUUAAAUGUCAAGCACUGUGCACUUGUAUACAACAUGUCUUUGAUUGAAUACAGGCCAUUGUGUAGUAUUUUGGAAAGCUUUAUGAAUGGUGGCAUAAGGCCACCUGGAACAUUAUUUACGGACACCAAUAAUGCAGUGUGAGACUCCACCUGGUUGUAGUUCCUAGUGUUCAUUAUUUGGGACAUUUAUUGGUGUAGUAGGAAUGUCUUUGGUUGUACUGUAGUAUAUCAUAGACGUCACCAUAUGAGCCCAAUAUACAAGCUGUUCUAUUUUCCUUGAGACCAUCCAGUGUUGAAAUGGACUGGGAUCCAUCAAAGUGAAUCAUAACACCCAAUGUAAAUGGACUGAAGUCAUCUAAACCAACUGUGCUGUUCCACAGUCAAAACAUAAGAUAAUGUAAGCUGAAUGCUUCCCUUGCAGCACCUUCAUCUUUAGUACACCAAACCAAAUACUGUGUUAGGUUUGAAUCCAACAACUGGUAUACAAAUCAAAUUUAUUUAUAUAGCCCUUCGUACAUCAGCUGAUAUCUCAAAGUGCUGUACAGAAACCCAGCCUAAAACCCCAAACAGCAAGCAAUGCAGGUGUAGAAGCACGAUACCAAAUGUUAUUUUUGGAGCCAACUGUCCAACAUUUAGCUCUGGAUAUAUGGAAAUAGGGCUGGAGAAUUGGUUUGAUGGAAAUAUGGAUAAAAGACUUGGUUUGAUAUUGGUUAGUUUUCCCACCAAGUCAAACCUUGGCUAAUAUGUGUGCCAGCAGCCUUGCUGUAGUUUUGGAUCCUUUGGUUAAUGAAUCCUUGACUGUAUCAAACAUGACAUGGAAAUUGUUCUCACUUCUCACCUUUCUAAAGAACAGAGCAUACGAGUGGUCCUGAAUUGAUCAUUACCAACAAUGAAAUGUGUAGGACUGUACGUAGAUCUAAUUACCUUUUGAUAGGCCUUCAACUGAUCAAUUCUACAAGUAAUAAUAUUUGAAUAGAUCUUCAAGUGAUACCAAUGUUCAAUGAACUGAAAUGUGAAUUUGCAGUGGAAAUUAUUGUACAGUAGUUUGGUAUUUGAAAGUCAAAAAGGAACUAGUAUGGUUAUAGGCCUUCAACUGAUCAAUUCUACAAGUAAUACUAUUUGAAUAGAUCUUCAAGUGAUACCAAUGUUCAAUGAACUGAAAUGUGAAUUUGCAGUGGAAAUUAUUGUACAGUAGUUUGGUAUUUGAAAGUCAAAAAGGAACUAGUAUGGUUAUAGGCCUUCAACUGAUCAAUUCUACAAGUAAUAAUAUUUGAAUAGAUCUUCAAGUGAUACCAAUGUUCAAUGAACUGAAAUGUGAAUUUGCAGUGGAAAAUAUUGUACAGUAGUUUGGUAUUUGAAAGUCAAAAAGGAACUAGUAUGUUCCUUAACCAUACCACUGUAAAAUGUUAAGUUGCUGAAAUGUUAACUAUUAGGUGUAUUUGGGAACUGGAUUUUCAAUGUUUUUCUUAUCGACAGGUGGUUAUUAACCUGAAGAAGGGUGUGUGGAUUUCAGUCAGGGUAAUAACAAUGGCAGACAAACAUUAUUUUAAUUGAGGGUAUCACCAUUUUUUUUUUUAUCAGUCUUUUUACUUAGAUGGAGGUUGUGCUAGAACUUUAUUGUAAGACUUAAGACACAUUUUCAUACUGUAGAUGAAGUACCUAUUUCAAUGGAAUGCCAACCUGUUUUUUAUGAACUUCAUAAACAUUCUGCAUAUUGUGAAUUAGGUUUGUACAUUACUUAAUGUAGUGUACACUUGCAUUUUGUUUUUUAAUUAAAACUCUUGCUUUGUAUAA